CCCCUGCUGCUGCUCUACCCGCUGAGUCGCCUGUGGCCCGGCCUGGGCGCCCUGUGGCUGCGGCUGCUGCGGAGGGCGGCCGAGGCCGCCGGCCCCACCUGUGUCAAGCUGGGCCAGUGGGCCAGCACCCGGAGGGACCUCUUCUCCGAGGCCUUCUGCGAUGAGUUCUCCAAGCUGCACGUCGAGGUGAGCCCACACCCGUGGGCCCACACCGAUGAGCUCUUGAGGAAGGCCUUUGGAGAGGACUGGACAGGCAUCCUCGAGUUCCAAAGCCGGGAGCCAGUGGGCUCGGGCUGCGUCGCCCAGGUGUAUAAAGCCUAUGCUGACCUCACGGCUGUUGCGGGCUCCCAGGCCAAGGAGCUAGCGCAGCGCUCAGAAUUAAGGUCUGCUUUUGAAGCAUGGGAAGUGUCAGGCUUUAGAGGCCUCCUCAGAUGGCUGAGGAGAAGGAGGAAGAGCGAGGAGAUGUGGGAGGAGAGGAGCAGGGUGGAGCUGAGCCCAGCAGACUGCUCCCAGGGAAGCCCUAUGAGCAAGACGCCCCUUACGGAGCAGAUGUCCAAACCACUUCUGAACGCAAAUCCUUCGUCAGCCAGACAUCUCACGCCUGUAGCCAUUAAAGUUCUGCACCCUGGGCUGGUCCACCAAGUCCAGAUGGAUCUGUUUCUCAUGAAGAUGGGUAGCCACAUCAUUGGACUUCUCCCUGGAUUCAAGUGGCUCAGUUUGACAGAGGUCGUGGAGGAGUUUGAGAAGCUUAUGAUUCAGCAGAUUGACUUACGCUACGAAGCCAGAAAUCUGGAGCGCUUCCGACAAAAUUUCCUAGAUGUCGAUUUUGUGAAGUUUCCAACUCCACUUCGGCCUUUGGUAACAGCAGAUGUUCUAGUGGAAACAUUUGAGGAGAGUGAGCCUAUUUCACACUACCUGCAUGCAGAGAUUGCCACAGAGCUGAGGAAGAGAAUUGCAAAGAUGGGCAUGGACAUGCUUCUAAAGAUGGUCUUUGUUGACAACUUUGUCCAUGCUGAUUUGCACCCUGGGAACAUCCUGGUUCAAGGCAUGGCCUGUGUCAGCCCCAGCUGCAAGGAGCAGACGGCCAUCGUGGACCUGUGUGACACGCUCGUGGUGGAAGUGCAGCCACCCCUCAGGCAGCUCUGCCUGGUGCUGCUGGACGCAGGCAUCGUGGCGGAGCUGCAGAGCGCCGACAUGCAGAACUUCCGGGCGGUUUUCACGGCCGUGGUCCAGGGCCAGGGGGAGAGAGUGGCAGAACUGAUCCUUCAUCAUGCCCGUGCUAACCAGUGCCAGGAUAUCGAGCGAUUCAAAGCUGAGAUGGCUGAACUAGUGACCAAGGUCCGGGGGAACACCAUUGCCCUAGGAAAGCUUCAGGUGGCAAAUCUCCUCUCUAAUGUCUUUAAACUACUGAUGACCCAUAAGGUGAAGCUUGAGAGCAAUUUUGCUUCCAUCAUCUUUGCCAUAAUGGUUCUGGAAGGUCUUGGUCGUUCAUUGGACCCUGAACUGGAUAUCCUAGAGGCAGCUAAACCACUGCUUAUCAAAAGUGCAGCUUCUGUUCUCAAAUAGACUCUUGUGGCUGCCCUCUCACUGUGCAGGGUUUCCUCUGCUGUCUGUGAGCUGACAGAGAAAGAAGCUGAAGGCAAGAAGUCACAUGUAUCUCGGGGAAAUGCCAUGCAGCAGUUACUCCAUUAAUGUUGCCUUCAGUCAUUUCAGCCAAGCACCAGGUAUGGGAUGAUUAGAAAGUCUGUUCCAGAAACCAGGAAGACUUCACAGUUGGAGAGUUUGGACUCAGCACAUAGUUCUAGGAGCUGAUGUGCUCUGAUAGUUUUUAAACCGACAUAUUAUGUAGUUUAGGUGCACAAGAUUACAGCAGCCUGAUGAGAAAAGCAGUGUUACUUGUCUAAAAGUAUUUUUAAAAAGAUGUUCAUUGAUCAAGUCUGUUUUGAAAUAUAUCAGGUUAAAUAUUUAAAGUUAAUUUAUGGACUUAUCUGUCAUUGUGGCAUGAGAAAUUAUAUUCUAACACUACCUAACCAACUAAUUCUGGCUGAAAAAAGCCAGUAAACUUUUUUGUCUUUUGUAGUUUUAACUUCUACUUUUAUUGUAGAAGUAUCCUGACAUCCUGCAUGGAGUGGUUUUAUUAGUCAUUUUGAAUGAUAAAAACAGACAAGUCAAUCUGAUACUUUCAGACUUCCAUACUCUACCACUAUACUAUCGAAGUCUGGAUUAUAAACAUCAAAUGAAAAUAAUUGCCUAGGCAGAAAAGCUAAUUCCAUAAUAAAAACAAGUUUUGGUACUAUU